UGCGGUUGUGGUGGUGUAAAAUGUCGGACCUGAGUUGUGUGUUUUGUAAAGAAACAACGAUUGAGAAAGGGAAAAAAUUUACCGAAGAGACGCUGAAAAAGUGCAAAGAAGUGGCCGAAUAUCGGAGUAAAAAGCAUAGAGUAAGCAGGAAAUCGAUUUACUCCGAAAUCGAGUUGCCACGUGGUGUCGACACGGACAUAGGAUACCAUUCGGCGUGCUACAAAAAUUUCACGGCUGUGAGAAUUCCGAAGGAUUCAAAUAUUUCUCACGACAAUGUCGUCAGUAAUGUUUUUGAUGACGGUGCAUCGACAUCCAGAGCGAGUGAAGAACCUGAAGGUGAUCGAGGAGCGGACGAGAGUACGACAGCGGACGACAGUGCGUUAGCGGACGACAGUACGGUAGCUGUCGGCAAUACGGUACCUGAUGACAGUGCGGUAACCGAUGUUGCUGACAAUACGGCAACUGAUGAUUCGACUGCCGAUGAAAAUACACACAGCUGUAUUAUUUGCGGUAAAUACAGGAUAUACGUGAAAAGACGCGCGGUAUGUUUGAUAAAAGCGACCAACACUUUCAUCGAAUUUAUUAAGGCCGUGUCCACCGAGUACAACAACAUCGAGAUGCUGCGUAAAAUCGAAACUCUCAAAGAUGACAACUGCUUCUAUCACAAACAUUGCAAAACAAAGUUUGAAUGGCACUGUAAGAACGAUCUCGAGAAAAAAAAAGAAAAAACUUGGCACAAAAAACGACAAUGUCAUACUGACGCGUAUGACAAAAUUUGCAUACUUAUUCGCGAACGCGUAGUUGAGAACAAUGAAUGUCUCUUUUAUAAUUUCAUCUCAGAAAAGUACAUCGAGUUCCUGCACGAACAGUUUGACAACGUCUCCAACGUCGAAAAACCGGAUUUUUUUUCGUCGCGUCAUUUGGAAAAGAAGUUAUUGGUAACGUUCAACGCUGAAAUAAAAAUCAUUUUCUCGGACAACAAAAAGUAUAUCGCUCCAUACGCUGGUCACAUCGUCAGCAAUCAAGAAUUUUUCAAAAACAUCGAAACGAGACAAGUGAUAUACAACAUCGGACAGAUAAUCAGACGAGAGAUAAUUAACGUGGACAAGACAAAAUUACCGGAGGAUAUAACGGUGCAGGAUCUCAUCCGAGGUGAAUGCGAUUCUGUGCCACCGUUGCUAUCGUAUCUCUUGCAGUGUAUCAUUUGCGGUGAUAGUAAAGGCGUAAGUCAAUCUCGUCAUGAAUUAAAGAAAUCCUCGCGCGACUUAAAAAUGUUUUCCCUCGGUCAGGACAUUAUUUAUGCAGCUACGAACGGCACUAUUAAAACCUCGAAACAUGUCACUCUGGGAAUGGCGUUAAAGAGUCUCUCGAGCAGCAGGAAAAUUGUCGACCUUGUCAACAAAUACGGUCACUGCUGUAGCUACAAUGUCAUCGAAGAGCUAGAGACUGAGCUGACAUUCACAUCAACGCAACAGAACAAAUGAUAUCCCGAAGACAUAAUUCUCGCCGAUAAUU